AUGCGCUUCUUUUCAAUUGCUGCCCUCGCCUCCGCGGCCGCAGCCUCCCAAUGCGGUCUGAGGAAGCUGGAGAACCUGGUCACUUUUGGUGACAGCUACACUGACGAAUCGCGUCUGGGUUACUUCAUUAACAACAAUGGCAGCGCACCGCCUCCGGGUCUUCGUCUCGGGGAAUCCAACUCGACAGCGAGCGGCGGAUAUGCUUGGGGCCGAUUCGUGGCCAAGUCGACCGGCGCGAACUAUAACAACUACGCGGUGUCAGGAGCUACCUGCUCUAACAAAAUAAUCAGCAGAGAUUUUGCUGCCAUCAGGCAGCCGUUCCCCUCGGUUCUCGACUACGAGAUCCCCGCUUACAAGGCCGACACCGCGUUCGAGGCACUCUACCCGAGUAGGCGGGCGAACAACACGGUGUAUGCGCUGUGGAUCGGCACGAACGACCUGGGCUACGGCGCCUUCCUCACCGACUCCCAGGCUCCCGGGACGACCAUUUCCACGUACGUGGACUGUGUCUGGGAGGUAUUCGACAACAUCUACGAGACGGGCGGACGCCAUUUCGUGCUCCUGAACUUGGCUCCCUUGGAGCAGUCGCCUCUGUAUGCCGCAACGAGGGUAGGGGGUUUCGGGGACAGCCAAUUCUGGCCCAACAAGACGGCGUACAACACGACGGAGUACCAGUACAAGAUGCUCGAGUACACGACCAACGUCAACACCAUGUUCGACUACGGCGCACCUUUCCAUCUUGUCGUCAAGAAGCGGUGGCCGGGCGCGAGCUUCUCCAUCUUCGACGUCCACAGGCUUCUGCGGGACGUCCACGCGGAACCGUCCAAGUACCUGUCGUCUCCCGCGAACGUGACGGGCGUGUACAGAACCUGCGACCCGGUCACUCGGGCUUGCGUUGACUCUUCGGAAUCGAAGGCGAGCUUCUUGUGGUACGACGAGCUGCACCCAUCGGAGCGCGCAGACGAGAUUGUUGCCCAGCAUUUCGUGGAUGUUGUCCAUGGGAACUCGACAUACGGCACGACGUAUGCGUCUUAG